AUGAACGACACAAACCAGACGAAGACAACAACAAAUCCAUCUAAAGAAAGACUUCUUCUGCUCACCAGACAAACCUCUGUUCCAACCAGAGUCUACUUGUCUGAUUUCAGCAACUCAACCAUCUCACUCAACGACUUCUCAAACUCUUUCCUCACAGACAUUCACAUCUUCACCUUAGAAGAGCUCAAAACCAUCACACAAGGCUUCUCAAAACAUAACUACCUCGGUGAAGGAGGAUUUGGAGAAGUCUACAAAGGGUUUGUUGAUGAUAGCCUCAAGACUGGUUUGAAAGCUCAGCCUGUUGCUGUCAAGGCUUUGAAACGAGAAGGUGGACAAGGCCAUAGAGAGUGGCUGGCUGAAGUUAUAAUCCUUGGUCAGUUGAAGCAUCCACAUCUUGUGAACUUGAUCGGAUACUGCUGUGAGGAUGAUCACAGGCUACUAGUUUAUGAAUACAUGGAACGAGGCAAUCUUGAAGACCAUCUGUUUCAAAAGUAUGGUGGAGCCUUGCCUUGGUUAACAAGAGUGAAGAUUCUGCUUGGUGCUGCUAAAGGCCUUGACUUCCUUCACAAAGGAAAUAAACCUGUUAUUUACAGAGAUUUCAAGCCUUCUAACAUCCUCUUAACCUCGGAUUACAGCUCUAAGCUUUCAGAUUUCGGUUUAGCCACAGAUGGAUCAGAGGCAGAAGACUCAAACUUCACCAAAAGUGUCAUGGGCACAGAAGGCUAUGCUGCUCCAGAAUACAUCUCAACAGGUAACUUGACAACUAUGAGCGAUGUGUUCAGUUUCGGAGUGGUGCUUCUAGAGAUGCUAACAGCUAGAAAGGCAGUGGAGAAGUACAGGUCAUCACAGAGAGGGAGGAGGAACCUAGUGGAAUGGGCAAGACCUAUGUUAAAGGAUCCCAACAAGCUUGAACGAAUCAUAGACCCUAGCCUCGAAGGGAGAUACUCACUUGAAGGCAUCAGAAAAGCAGCUGCUCUGGCUUACCAGUGCCUGAGCCACAACCCUAAGUCACGGCCCACUAUGACCACCGUGGUCAAGACCCUGGGGCCAAUUCUAGACCUCAAAGACAUCCAAAACGGGCCAUUUGUGUAUAUUGUUCCAGUAGCAGGUGCAAAUAACAUCACAUGCAAGGAUGAUGAUGAUGCCAAAGUCACAAAGGAGGAGACAGAGAAAGAAGCAAAAGUCUGUCCAAGACACCGUGGAGGACGGAGGAAGAGACGUAAACAUAAGGCAAUGAAGUCUCGUGCCGUGUAUUCAGACACUACACUGUACAAGAGUCUAGGAACUAGUUUAUACACACAAGCGGAGUAAUUAAACGCAACAAAAAGUAUAUUUAUUUA